CGGCAGAUCCGAAAGCAGUAAGCAAUUUCAGUUCAAACCGUUCGGUUCACGUUUCGGUCUCGUGCGAACUGCUCCCCUUGUGUGUACGUACGUGUGACGCUGUGUGUUCUGCCCGUAUCACCGACCGGCAUUUUUGCGCUGUGAAGCAGUGAGAGGCUCGCGUUAAUUUCGCAACAACGGUUCCAAAGUAUUAAAUCAUCACCAUGCCCGUUCCGGAGCUCCAGAAACCCGCACCGGCGUUCAGCGGAACCGCCGUCGUCGGCACGCAGUUCAAAGAAAUCAGCCUGUCGGACUAUAAGGGCAAGUACCUGGUGCUGUUCUUCUAUCCGCUCGAUUUCACCUUCGUCUGCCCGACGGAAAUCGUCGCCUUCUCCGAUCGCGCCGAGGAGUUCCGCGCGAAGGGCUGCGAGAUCAUCGCCUGCUCGACCGACAGCCACUUCACGCAUCUGGCCUGGAUCAACACGCCGCGCAAGCAGGGCGGUCUGGGGGAGCUGAACAUUCCGCUGCUGGCGGACAAAUCGAUGAAGAUCGCCCGGGACUACGGUGUGCUGCAGGAGGAAUCGGGCGUACCGUUCCGCGGGCUGUUCAUCAUCGACGGCAAGGGCAACCUGCGCCAGGUGACGGUGAACGAUCUACCCGUGGGGCGCAGCGUGGACGAGACGCUCCGAUUGGUCGAGGCGUUCCAGUUCACCGACGAGAACGGUGAGGUCUGCCCGGCCAACUGGAAACCGGGAAGCAAGACGAUGGUGGCCGAUCCGAACAAGUCGAAGGAGUAUUUUGGUGCCGUCAACCACUAAAUCUCGCACCACUUCACGCGCUGUCUGCCGUCGCUACUAUCUCGCGGACGAAUUGAGUUCGCCGCAAACAAAAACGAAACGGCAGCCAUAGCAAAGAAGGGUGGCUUCCCGUUUUCCGUUCCCUUGUUGUCCUUCGUCCGUUUCAAAACGUUUCAACAUCCUGGUAGAACCAGAAAAAAGAGAAAAGGAGAACAAAAAAAAAAAGACAUCCCGAAACGUUUUUAAAAACACUCAAAUAAUUUAAAAAACUGUAAAACAGAA